GGAGGAGGAUGGUGUAUGAUUGGCCAGGCGGGGACUGAGAGUCCGGAGGCUGGCGCUGCGCUCCGCGUUUAUUCUUGUUUACACCUUGCGGACGAGGACGGAGACUGGCCAGGCCAGGGACACAGAGCAGGCUCGGGAGUCCAGUCUGCAGCGGCAGCGGUGAUCACUUCGUGGUUUUCUACUCGUUGUGGUCGCAGAAGAAGUUUGAAUGUGAUGGGAAACGGACUCUCUCUCUCUUUCUCUCUCUCUGCUCUACUUUGCCUCUUUUCGCAGCAGCGACGCGUCAAACUUUUUGGUGACUUUUGUGGCACCUUUGCGCUCAUGGCUGCCUGUCAACCCGGCUGCAGAUAUAUAUGUGGACAUGUCAUCUACUGUGAAUAGACCCGAUAACGAGUGUGAUACGGACCUCCUGAAACUUUGAUUGCGGGCGGAGAUUACGCAGUUUCGAUUUUGCUCAUCCACUGACAAGUUGCUCGGGGAUGGAUGCGCUUUGAAUGAACUCUUAACGCAAAAACGCAUCAUCCAUCAACAAUUACGGGACUGCUGAGAAAAUCAUCCAGGGUUAAAGACAUUGUCGGACAGACGCCUCUUGGUGUGUGUCUGUGUUUAAAGCACCGCAGGUUACCCCGCGUGAACAACGGCGUAGCCGGAAAAGAUGCACUCUGUUCGGAUGCAGCGCGACCAAGGUCUCGGCCCUGUUGUUCUUCUGCUCCUGUUCGGUGGAUAUGUCGUGUCUGGCACCGAGAGCAGCGACUACAGCGACGCUGAGGUCCUCCCAGACUCCUUCCCGUCUGCACCGGCAGAACCUCUGCCAGAAUUCCUGAUGGAGCCAGAGGACGCUUUCAUUGUAAAGAACAGGCCAGUGCAGCUACGGUGCCGAGCGUCGCCAGCCACACAGAUCUACUUCAAGUGCAACGGCGAGUGGGUGAAUCAGAACGAUCACAUCCCCAAAGAAAGCCUGGACCAGGUCACAGGUCUGGUGGUGAGGGAAGUGGACAUUUCAGUGUCGAGGACCCAGGUGGAGGAGCUGUUUGGUCUGGAGGACUAUUGGUGCCAGUGUGUAGCCUGGAGCUCGGCUGGCACCACCAAGAGCAACCGCGCCUACGUUCGCAUUGCAUACCUGCGGAAGAACUUUGAGCAGGAGCCACUGGGGCGGGAGGUGCGACUCGAGCAGGAAGUGCUGCUGCAGUGUCGCCCCCCAGAGGGCAUGCCUGUCGCUGAGGUGGACUGGUUGAAAAACGAGGAUGUCAUUGAUCCGUCGCAGGACCCCAACUUCCUGAUCACCAUUGAUCACGAUCUGAUCAUAAAACAGGCCAGACUUUCAGACACCGCGAACUACACCUGUGUAGCUCGUAACGUGGUGGCAAAAAGACGCAGCAGCACCGCCACGCUCAUUGUUUAUGUGAGUGGAGGUUGGUCGUCUUGGACUGAAUGGUCAGAGUGUAACGCACAGUGUGGGCGUGGCUGGCAGCGACGCACACGCAGCUGCACUAAUCCUACUCCUCUGAACGGAGGAGCCUUCUGUGAGGGUCAACCUUUCCAGAGAGUGACCUGCACCACACUGUGUCCAGUGGAUGGAGGCUGGACAGAGUGGGCAAAGUGGUCCGCCUGUGGGACCGAGUGCACCCAUUGGCGCAGUCGCGAGUGUCAAGCUCCCCCUCCCAGGAACGGAGGAAAGCACUGCAGCGGCAGCAUGAUGGAGAGCAAAAACUGCACUGAGGGGCUGUGUGCACGUAAUAAAAAGAUUUCUAUUGAACAUGCAAGCCAUCCGCUGGCUCCAGGUAUGGGUGUGGCAGUGUACGCGGGUCUGGUGGUGGCGCUCCUGCUGUGUGUGAUCCUGGCUCUGUGCGUGGGAGGGCUUGCGUAUCGCCGCAGACGCCGCCAUCUGCACGGUGAUAUCACCGAUUCUUCGUCCGCUCUGACCAAUGCGUUCCACCCUGGCAACUACAAGCCGCCGAGACAGGAUCACCCUCACCCGCUGCAUCCCUCAGUUCCCCCGGAUCUGACAGCCACAGCAGGAGCGUUCCGCGGACCGCGCUUCUCUCUGCAGCACGGGGUCAUCGACAGCCCCCACAAAAUCCCCAUGACCACCUCUCCGCUGCUGGACCCUUUGCCCAGUCUCAAAAUCAAGGUGUAUAACUCCUCCACUCUUUCCUCUGUGGAGCUUCCUGUGGACAUGAGUUUAGGUGAUGGGGAGAUCCUCAGCCUCAAGUCGGUGGGAACUGUGGGCAGAGAGCGCGAGUACCACAGUCACACCCUGUCCAGAGAGCCAGGGCUGAGCACCAGCGCCACCUUAGGUAGCCUGGGAGGACGCCUCACCAUCCCGAACACAGGUGUGAGCCUGCUGGUCCCUCCUGGCACAAUCCCCCAGGGGAAGUUUUAUGAGAUGUACCUCAUUAUCAACAAGUGGGAAAAAACAACGCUACCCUCUGAAGGCAGUCAGACAGUAUUAAGUCCCGUGGUCAGCUGCGGUCCAUCUGGUAUGUUACUGAAUCGUCCUGUGGUCCUAACGUUGCCCCACUGCGCCCAGCUAGACACACCCACACCUGACUGGACCAUCACACUCAAGACUCAGACGCACCAGGGGUCGUGGGAGGAGGUGCUGACAGUGGGUGAAGAGACUUUGUCAUCGCCGUGCUACCUGCAGCUGGAGGAGGAGUGCUGUCAUGUUCUCAUGGAACAGUUGGGAACGUAUGGCCUGGUGGGCCAGUCCUGUCCACCGCAGCCCGCCUGCAAACGCCUGCAGCUGGCUCUGUUUGCCCCGCGAGCGCCCUGCCUUUCCCUUGACUUCAGCCUCCGGAUCUACUGCAUCCAUGACACACCACAUGCCCUCAAGGAGGUGCUAGAUUUGGAACGGAGUCUGGGUGGAGUUUUGCUGGAGGAUCCUAAGCCGCUGCUCUUUAAAGACAGCUACCACAACCUGCGUCUGUCCAUCCACGAUAUCCCUCACACUCACUGGAGAAGCAAACUGCUGGCCAAAUACCAGGAGAUCCCAUUCUAUCACAUUUGGAGCGGCAGUCAGAGACCUCUGCAUUGCACCUUCAGCCUGGAGAGAGGCAGCCUGGCUGUGUCGCAGCUCACCUGUAAGAUCUGCGUGCGACAGGUGGAAGGGGAGGGACAGAUAUUCCAGCUUCAUACAGACAUCCAGGAGACGUUACCACCUCACUCGCCACUCCCCUCAGGAGGCGCCUGCCUGCCUUCCUCCCAAGUGGGACCCUAUGCCUUUCGCUUGCCUGACUCCAUCCGCCAGAAGAUCUGUGCCAGUUUGGAUGCACCCAGCGCGCGCGGGUGUGACUGGAGACUACUGGCACGCAGCCUGGGCUUUGACAGGUACCUAAACUACUUUGCAACAAAGCCCAGCCCCACAGGUGUUCUACUGGACUUAUGGGAAGCUUGUCACCAAGGUGACGCGGACCUGGUCUCUCUGGCGACUGCACUGGAAGAGAUGGGCAAAAGUGAAGUGCUAGUUGUCAUGACAACGGACGGGGAUUGUUGAUCAGUCAUGGAGAGCGAGCAAGACGUUCUUUUUUCUUUCUUUUUUUUCUACCACCGUGAAGAAAAUAAAAUACCUGCCUAUGAAUAUGCACAGACUGACCCACGUCAUCAGCCCACAGAGCAUUUUUGAUUUUUUUGACAUGUACUAAUUACCUCUGCUUUUCACUGAUCAGCCACUACUGUAUGCCCACGUCCACCGUAAACCCAUUUCCAUCACAUACAAUAACUGCAAACUUGAUUCAGCCUGAAUCCACCAAAGCAAUGUUGCAUAUGCAAGAUGUUGGAUUGAAAAUGACACUGUUGUGUGUGUAUAAGACAAUUGAGAUAAACAACAAGCAAAAUCACACAAACACACAUUCUAACAUGGGAUGACACAGGUUUCAGAGGCAGCAUGAAAGUGCAUGAUAUAACACUAUCUCACCUGAUGUUUCACGGGCUUUUUUUUUUUGUUCUGUUCUCCAUUGUCAUUCUGUGUGGGUGACAUCAGCAUUGAUGUGUGCACAACCUCCUCAGGCUAAAGACACAUGUGGACUAACUGGUCAUUAAUUGGACCAGAAUUAAACAGACUAGGAUUUCUUGUCAACAAAUCGCGUGAGGAGCAAACCCUCGAGGUUGAAGGGCAGGAGCGUGUGCCGCGUUCUGCUGAAAACAUUUUGUAAAAAAAAAAAAAAUGACCUCCUCACUGAGGCGCGGGGGUGAGCUCUGUUGUUAAAGAAUUGGUGGAAAACGAGACCAACUGACUAUUUAUGUUGUAGAGCACCAACAAAUGCCUCAAAGCCUUGGCACAUCGUUCUGAAUCACAGAGGUGUUUUCUCUUUCAUCCCUGCUCACGCUCCACUAUCGCUCUGCCACACUCCUCCCAUCUGUUGAGAAUCAAACUACAGGAGAGCUUUUCUGGUCAUCUCUUAAAAGUUUCCUUUGUGGAACGCUCUUUAAUUUAUUAUCCAUUUGUGGAUCGUUGGCUUGUUUUUUCUCCCACCGUCUUUGCUGUCACGAUCACAUUGAAGCCGUUUCAUCAUUUGUUUAGGCCGCUGAGCUCCUGUGUGUUUUUUUUAUUCUAGUCGAGCAGGGCAGACCAAACGUGAGACUUUGGUACACAGUGAAUGUCUCACUGGUGUCUCGUGUGAACAACAGGAGCUAUGGUUAUGUGUUAUUUUCAAUAUAGUAUAUCUAUACAAGACAUAAUUAGAGGUGGGGAAAUAUUCAGGUGACUCCACUGUCUGGAUUGGAUGGAUUAUUCUUGCCUUGAAUCCACGAAGCAGCAAGGGACCAUAGAUUUUACCUCAACACUAAACUGCAUUACGUUUAAAUCCACACUCUGUUUAGCAUUUAUCUGUGUGUCCAUCCAUCGCCGUGGAGCUCAUUAUGUCUCCCUCCUCUCGAUUUCAUAACAUAUUGUUAACCUCAUUGCUAAGCCGCCUGCUUUGUGGUCAGGGCCCUCAACCUAUUUUCAUGAUCAAUUAUGUUCCGUCUGUUUAUUGUGAGGCAGGAAUUUAAUGUUCGCUGUCGCCGCGGACAUGGUUCUAUGUCUUAUUGAAACUUGUUCUCCCUCAAGAGCAAAAGAGAAACACAGUGUUCAUGUCUUUGAAACUACAGACACCAUAACACAGGCAGUAUCCCUCCUCUUCAGCUUUGAGUCAUGUCACUGUUUUUUGUAUGAAUGAACUGAAAGCAAAUUGUGUGUGUUAGUGUGUGAGUGGGCAGGUGGGUGUGUGCACACGCUCGGAUCUGUCAUUUUUUUUUUCUCUUUGUAAGUGCUAUGCAACUACAAAAGAAAGGAAAGACAAGAAAAAAAAAAAGCAUUUUGAAUUCUUUUGUUCCCUGGAAGAGUAAUUCUAUUUUUCAGACCAGGGCAAUGACAGGGUUUUUGUAUCCUGAAGUGGUGUAAAAGUGGCGAUGGAGGUCUGCGUGGUCAUUCUGAAUCAGAAGAAUUGGCUCACUGGCUGGCGGAGGAAGCUGAAACAGCACACGGGGAAGAACAAAACAAAGUAUGGUGCAAUGGCUGCAAAACAAGUUGUGACGACCGUUAUGAACUGAUGCCCUGCAGAUCUUUUCCUGUGAGGAAAUGAACACAACCAGUUCAGUACUUUGGAUCCCUGAACACUGCAGGUCUAUUUUUCCUUAAAUCUUGUUACAGUGACUUGCUAGCUAUAGACUUCAGUGUUUAUUCAUCCAGAUUUCUUGAGUAUAUGUGGGAUCUCUGGCCAUAGCGCUGGAUAAUUUGUGCCGGAAAUGGACUGGAUUCUACUUUGGUCCCGUGAGAGAGAAAAAUGUAGCCUUUUGUUUAUGAAGUCGGACGUUUUUACAAAGACUCAACUGAUUCAGUGACAUUAUUUUAUCUCUGUAAAGUACCAAUUGUAAAUAAACGUCUCGCCUUCUUACCUGUAACUAAAUAUAAUUUUUAUGCAAUAAAUUAUAUUUCUUAGUUUAA